UCACCCUUGGAUUUAGGGGGAUGGGUUGGGAGCUUUUUUAGUGCCACAGUCCUCCAACAGUAAAGACCAAAGCAGUUAUUGCUAGCUGCAUUUGUGCUGUGUCUCAGUGCAGCAGUGUGCCAGAGGCAGGGACGGACCAGCAGCCAUGGAUGACGUCUAUAAAGCAGCGGUUGAGAAUUUGACGGAGGAGCAGAAAAAUGAGUUCAAGGCUGCAUUUGACAUCUUUAUUCAGGAUGCAGAGGACGGCUGCAUCAGCACAAAAGAGCUGGGAAAGGUGAUGAGGAUGCUGGGACAGAAUCCCACCCCUGAGGAGUUACAGGAGAUGAUUGAUGAGGUGGAUGAGGAUGGCAGUGGCACAGUCGAUUUUGACGAGUUCUUGGUAAUGAUGGUCCGCUGCAUGAAGGAGGAGAGCAAAGGAAAAUCAGAGGAGGAGCUGGCUGAACUGUUCCGCAUGUUUGAUAAGAACGGAGAUGGCUACAUAGACUUAGAAGAGCUGAAGGCCAUGCUGGAGUCCACUGGAGAAGCCAUCACGGAAGAUGACAUUGAGGAGCUGAUGAAGGAUGGAGACAAAAACAAUGAUGGAAAAAUUGAUUAUGACGAGUUCCUUGAGUUCAUGAAAGGUGUCGAAUAAAGGAUUCAGCUCAAGGCCUCAUUGACUGCAUCAAGAUCUAUGUCCAUCACUGAAGACAAUGUUGAACACAGAGCUUUAUUCUGCAUUUAACAAUACAAACAAUGCACCUGUCCUCAGCAGUCGCUUGUCCUGUAAGUUAUUUUCAAACAACCUCACAGAGGCCCUGAAAGUUUUGCAAAAAGAUCUCAUUAAUGAGAAAUGUCUUUAAUUCUGAUACUGAUAAUUAAUUGAAAAUGUCAUAAUACAGACUAUUUUCAUUAAAAAUGUUUUCAUAAUUGCA